GGUCUUUUCUAGCUUUGAAUUUUUAUCUAUAAUUUAAAUAAAUAAACGUACACACAAGAAUAAUUGGUUGGUAUUUGGAUGUAUAUAUUAGAAGAAGCAAACCAAUCUCUCUUCUCCAACUAUUCCUACUCUCUCACCCCAAAAUAUACACAAGAAUAAUUUUAGGUUUCUUUUUGUAAUCUUCCCACCAAAAAUAUAUCUCUCGUUUAUUUUUUAAUUCUUUUAGAUGCAAGACUCUUCUCUUCCACGAUCACCUGCGCCGGAGAGAACCGGCAAGAACUCGAAGACUAAAAAUGAGCAAAAUAGUGUUUCUAAGCAUCCUCAUUUUCGUGGGGUCAGAAAGAGACAAUGGGGAAAAUGGGUGUCUGAAAUCAGAGAGCCAGGAAAGAAAUCAAGAAUCUGGCUCGGCACUUUCGCCACGCCGGAGAUGGCGGCGCGUGCACACGACGUCGCGGCUCUAGCUAUCAAAGGUGUCUCUGCUCACCUCAAUUUCCCGGAGCUCGCUAGCCAUUUGCCGAGACCGGCAAGCGCUGAUCCUAAAGAUAUUCAAGCAGCUGCCACAGCAGCCGCCUUAGAAUGGAAACCACCGGAGUCUCCUUCAAGCACAGCUUCUUCGUCGGUGGCGUCAUCUUCAGUCCCGGACGACGCUUUCUGCGAUCUCCCUGAUCUUUCGCUAGACGUGAAUGAUCACAAAGUCGAUGGAUUCUGGGACUCGUUUCCGUACGAAGAACCUUUCUUCAUGAAACAUUACUAGAACCGGACGGCUAAUCCCGGCCGGCUAAUGAUUUUUUCCGUAACGAUGGGAACUGGUGACGUUAUAUAAGUUUUGUCUUUGUUGGGUUUUUGCUUUUGUGUUUUUUUUUCUAAAAGAAAUUACGUGCGAAUAAGUUUGCAAAUGUGGGACAUGAAAUUUAAUAUGAACGUAGAAGAAUGUUGUAUUUAUUGCUUUGUUAUUGUCACUUCUAAAUAAAAUAACUAAAUGAUAAAUUCGUAACUAUAAUUAAA